AAACAGUCCAAACCCCAAGAGCCCAGGAAAAGGGGCAAGGGUGACUCAGAGCGCUGCACCUCCGCUCCCCCCGGGGAAAAUGCCUGGAGCCUUGUCUCUGGUGUACAGGCCUCCGCUUGAUUCCUUUUCCUUUUCUUUUCAACAGGGCCUUGCAGGUAAGUCUUAGGAACGCUUGGAGUUCACUGCCCUGGGAUCUCUUCCCAUGGCUUUAACUACCAGGGUUUUAUCCAGGUUGGACUGUGGUUUAUUCAUUGUUCAGCACACAUUUAUUGAGGAGCUGCUAUGUGCCGGGCUCUGUGCUCUCGCAGUAGGUGGGGUGGAGGGUGACAGAUGAGGUAGUUUUUGAGUUUUUGAGUUUUUUGAGUGUUUGCUGUAGCCAGCACCGGGCUUGGUGCUGGGGAUCUGGUGGAACAAGCAGGUACACUGUGGACUCAGCUAGAGCAUCGGUGACCUGGGGUGACCUGGAAGGAGGUGGCCAUGGGGCAAGGAAGAGGAAGCCACAAGUGGUCCUGAGCUCUGCUGCAGGUGCCAUGGAGUUAACUCCGCUGCUGAGAGCUGAGCCCUCGGCAGGGAAGUUGUCCCCUCUCCCCGCCCUAGAACAAGGCCUCUCUGAGAAGCUCAUUGGCCUCAGUUUGCCCUGGGGACACCAUGGAGAGAGGGCUCCAGGGCCAGCAGACAGAGGGCAGAGCUCACCCUCCGGCCUCAGGAUGGAGCCACAUGUUUAUGGGCCUGCAGAUGUGAGGCAGGAAUCUGCCCAGGAAGAGACUAGAAACUAAAGGCAGGUGGGAGCCAGGCAGGCUGGACGCAGACACCCAGGCCACAUGCAAGGCCUGUUGUGACUCAGGUGGUCAUGGUGGCAGGGUCCUGGGGAGCAGAGGCGGGGCUGCUGCCUGCAGCAGACUGGCCAUUGCAUAGGGGAAGGGGAAGGUUCUCCAAGUCAGCUGCCAGAAAAAAAAGGAAACACACCUUUCCUGCAAGUAUUAAUUCAAAAAUAAUUCAUGACCUGAGAGAGGGCUGGUAAUCAUGGCAACAGAUGUCAACACUCGGCGGCCUGUGCUGCGCCUGGGCUCAGUUUACAGAUGUCAGGGGAUUCUGCAGUUACCGGUAUUUACUCAACUUUGGGUGUUUUUGGUGGUAGUUGGGGCCAAACAAAGCUGGGGGAUGAUAUGAGACACCUGGCCAGCGCAGGUGCCACGGCAACGGGCAGGCCUUCACCUGCCCUUUGCUGAUACCGUUUCAAUCCGGCCUGCUCUAUUUGUUCUCAGCCCAGAGCAAAGCAGAGGUGGGCGGGGGCAGGGCAGAGGGCCAGCCGGCCUGCGGCCAUCUCAGCAAGUCUAGGGGCAGGCGGCAUCUGGGCUCCCCAGAGAGAUGUGGGGACGGGUGGCAUGCUGGGAGGCGGCUGAUCUAGUGGAUAGGCCUUAGGGUCCCCUGCCUUGGAGUCCCUGCACCUCUCAGCGUGUGGGGCAGGGAGGGGGAGCCGGCCUGCCUUGUCACAUGUCUCCAUGCUAAGCUAGAGGGGAAGCCCAGGCUUUGGACAGCCUGGUGGCCUGGGACUUUCUGGGGGUGAGGUGGGGUGGUACAAGCCCUCCUCAUAGGAACGCCACCUUGGGGGAAGUACGUCUUUCCCAGACGCCAUCUGCUUUGUUGGCCGCAUUCCCUGUGCCCAGAACAGAGCCCCGCAUGCAGUGGAUGCCAUGAGCGCUGGCCAGUCGGGGGAGGCUCACGGCCCAGGGGGGCUGUGUCCACAGGCUGCAAGUACAACCAGGUGAACAGCCACUUCCACUGCAUCCGGGAGGGCUGCCAGUUCUCCUUCCUCCUCAAGCACCAGAUGACCUCCCACGCCCGGAAGCACAUGCGGAGGAUGCUGGGGAAGAACUUCGAUCGCGUGCCCCCCUCCCAGGGCCCCCCGAGCCUGAUGGACACUGAGACAGACGAGUACAUGGAUUACACCGGCUGCAGCCCGGGUGCCAUGUCCUCCGAGUCCUCCACCAUGGACCGAAGCUGCUCCAGCACCCCAGUGGGCAACGAGAGCACCGCAGCAGGCUGCCCGGCUCCUCCUCCUCCUCCUCUUCCUCCUCCUGCUGCUGCUGGUGAUGAGGCUGCCCGCGUGGCUCCGCAGCCCCCACUGACCCCAUCCUUCUCUCCGGCCAUGCUCCGGGCGCCCCUCCCCUCCCUCCCAUGUCUCUUUUCUCCACCCUGUCUCUCAUACUCUCUGCUCAGCGCCACUCUCGGAGCCGCCCGGGGCCUGGCCCACCCCGUCAACAGCCCGCCCAGCUUCCCGCCCAUCACUGCCACUCCAACUCCAGUAAAAAGUGACGUCCCCCUAGUUCAGGACGCCGCAGGGAACACCAUCUCCAUGCCGACAGCCUCGGGGGCCAAAAAGCGCUUCUGGAUUAUUGAGGACAUGUCGCCCUUCGGCAAGCGGCGCAAGACAGCCUCCUCUCGCAAGAUGCUGGACGAGGGCAUGAUGCUGGAGGGCUUUCGGCGCUUCGACCUCUACGAGGACUGCAAGGACGCGGCCUGCCAGUUCUCCCUCAAGGUCACCCACUACCACUGCACGCGCGAGAACUGCGGCUACAAGUUCUGUGGGCGCACGCACAUGUACAAGCACGCUCAGCACCACGACCGCGUGGACAACCUCGUGCUGGACGACUUCAAGCGCUUCAAGGCCUCGCUCAGCUGCCACUUCGCCGACUGCCCCUUCUCGGGCACCAGCACGCACUUCCACUGCCUGCGCUGCCGCUUCCGCUGCACCGACAGCACCAAGGUCACGGCGCACCGCAAGCACCACGGCAAGCAGGACGUGAUCAGCGCCGCGGGCUUUUGCCAGUUCAGCUCCAGCGCCGACUGCGCCGUGCCCGACUGCAAGUACAAGCUCAAGUGCUCGCACUUCCACUGCACCUACCCCGGCUGCCGCCACACGGUCGUGGGCAUGUCGCAGAUGGACUCGCACAAGCGCAAGCACGAGAAGCAGGAGCGCGGCGAGCCGCCCGCCGCCUCCCCCGGCGCCGAGGGCCCCGAACCUGCCUGGGCUGGGAACGGGAACAGUGCGUACCCGGAUCCGAUCUGGAUGCUGGCUCGGCUCCUCCCUGGGGCACGCAGGGGCAGAGCCAGAGGGGGCCAAUUCCUGGGUCUGUAG